AUGCUUGCCGUAACUAGAGCAGUCAACAUCCUCACCCGCACAAUACAAGCCCGGCAAACCUUCACCUUCACAAACCCGCCAUUCCCACCAUUCCGCCAACCCGACGAUUUCGACGAUGACGACGACGUGAACCCGUUCCGUCUGGACCCAGAGGACCCGAGUGAUGACAACAACCACAAACUGUCCGCGGGCACAAUAGCCGCCAUCGUCAUCUCCAUCGUCGUCUUCUUCAUCGUCAUCACCGGCCUCAUCGUCUUUUUCACCCACCGCCGCCGCAAGGCAAGGAGAGACGUCGAGAUGAGCGUCAUAAAGGAGGCGAGCGUUUCGGCCACGGCGGUGACGGCCUCGGGGGCGCUCGACCCACCUCCGCCGUACGUGGAAUCUCAUCCCGGCAGUCCCCAUCUGGCGCAGGAGCGGCGGGAGAGUCGGAGUGAUGGUAGUCAGAGUGGGAAGGAGGAGGACUCGGAUGUGAUGGGAUCACAUGCCACGAUUACGGACGGGCUGGCGCCGGGAAGGCAUACCGGGUUGGGGCCGGAUCACGGGGCAGGGAUACAUGCUGGGCCUGGGACGCAUGAUGAUGAUGACCGCCACGAGUAA